AUGCUUUCUCUCGCCAUGUCUGAGAACAAAGAACGGCUAGGAUCAACACUGACCAGACCGAGCGCCGUCCCGCCGUCGGGCCCUGACGCGGAUGCACUGGCACCAUCUGCCUCAGAUCAUGACUCCCGAACCGCCAAAUCCGGAAGGCGACGACGCGCUGCUGAAUCGAAGAACAAAUCCUACAAGAACCAACACUUCUAUUUUGUUGAUCAGAACUCAUCAUCCAAAGAAAAGCGCGCCCAUGUUAUGCGCCACCAUGUACAGGAAAAAAAGAAACAGCGCAAGAUGUCGGGCUCACUCCCGGCAGAGAAAAUCCCUGAUCAUCCCUCAUAUCCACCGAAGAAAGAGGCAGGAACUGUCGAAAAGACUCGGCUGGAGUCACCGCCGACAGCUAUCCAAAACUUCUCCAAUAAGGAAACUUCGCUUCAAAUCAGAUUCUCAAAUAUGAGGUCGCAACCUCAUACAUCUACGCUACCAUAUAUUGGCUCCCCAAUCACGAUACUCGAUGCUUCGCGAAGGGAUCCGUUUGCCAGUCUCCCAAUCCAAUACGACAACAGGGACAUUGAAUUGGCUGACUACUGGCGGAACAAAUUGACGUACUGGUCCGGACAAAACCUUCAUGUCAAAAACCAGAUUUUCCGUACAGCCAUGGGAAGCCCUCUCUCAUUCAAGGCAGUAGUGCUGUCAUAUUGCGUGCGGUGGGAAGCACAGCUAUACGGCGUGACCGACAGCACCGAAAUUCAGCGCCAUGUUGGCCAAGCCGCAAAAAUCAUCGAGGACGCCACCUCAGGUUCGGCACUAGUCAGAGUGGACGAUCUUGGAAUGGCCUUAUGUGGAAUGGCCUUGCACGAAGGGCGCUUUGGGAGCAAGCAAGUGGCCCAGGCAUAUGUUGACCGUGCGAUUCAGAUCAUGCGACCACGAACAGGAACAAAUAGGCCCGUGGAAGUAUUUAUGCAUUAUAUCCGAUACCUUAUGAUGCCAGAAGGCCCCGGGGUCAGUUCGGCCGAACAGCAAUGGCUACUCAUUUUUCUCCGUGGAGCCGAAGACCUCAUGCAGCAACAUAGCUCCCCUGACUACCUCCUUCAAGCACCCCACAGACUCAAGGCUUUCGAGAUGGAAAGUCCUCUAUUCUCCCUGCUUUCCAGUGGACCGCGACCAUCUCAAGUGCCUCAUGAGUCACGUGUAUAUGUUGUUCCUGGUGCGCAUACGCAAGAAAUCAGCCGAACAGCGGCACUUAUUUAUAUCACGGCUGCGUUGUGGGAUUUCCAGGGGUCCCCAGAAAAGACCGAGCGUUUCCUUUCCUCUAUAUGUACUGCGGCGAAACAGCACCACCUCGAUCGUGAUCCGGCUUGUGAAACCCUACUGUGGUUGUUGCUGGAGGAGGGAUAUGAUUCCGAUUUACAAGACCCCGAACGCGGAUGGUCCACGGGCGAAUUGCUUAAGGCACACAAACAGCUACGGCCGGACCUUCAAUUUCAGUUUAAUGAGAUUCUCAUGAGUUUCUUCUCUUUUCAGACCCCUAUCCGCGGGGUCACUGCAUUUGAAGAGGAGCUUCGACAUGAUUCACAUAAUUCCCAGUGA